AUGAUUACGACGAGUGUUCCUCCAGAAGGUCCCAGCAAAUCAAACACCAAAGCUACACCAGUAAUCAAAAUCAACCCUUCACCUGAGGCCGAUACAACUCGUGACAACAAUCGAUUCUUGAACUCUGAACCAAAUAUGUCUCUGUCGCCACCAUCUUCAAAUCAUAGGAAAGGACAGAGAAGAACUUAUAUCAAUGAUUCAGAAGAUUUCAAUAAGACAGAUCAAUCCAAGAGGCGUGAAGUACCAAAUCCGGAUGUCAUGCAAGAAGAUAUUGGGCAGCCUGAUGUAGAAAACAUAAACCCAGGUGAGCUCCUAUCAAAUCUGAGUCUCUUCGAGUCAGACUUAAACCAUGAACUGACAACUUAUUUAAUUAAUGAUGCAAGAAACAGUUCAUGGUGA